AUGGUCGAACAUACCCUACGCCACCGCCGUUUCGGAACAUUUACUCGUAUCAAGGCCCUAUCGCAACCAGCGCCGCUAGCCCCGUGGAACUGGCGGAAAACGACCGGCCGUUCCUCUCGCUUUGCUCGUCUUGUCGACCAGGCCACUGAUGGCCCGAUGAACAUCAGCGCCAACGGUGUCGAUGCCAUUAACACGGACUGGGAGGAACAAGACAUACAUCGAAACAAGGACUUUGUCCGUUGGCCGACAAGGGUAUCUAUCAUUGACAAGACCGGCAAGCCUGGCAGUAAACCCGGCCGCCUUCUCCCCUCGGCCAAUCCAGCUAGGCAUGCAGCAAAUAUCCCGUCAUCGCAUAGAAGUGCCUGGGUUGCUAAGCCUUCUUCUGCACACCACUGGGCAGACCGUGCCGAAUUGCACCGGGCUCACUUAGUUGUGCAACCCUGGCAUACGGCACAAAAAGACGGCGGACAACAACUGAGGGUGCGGAACCCGGCCGGCUCCUCGCCCAGAUCCAGAAGCAGCUGA